ACAUGUAAGUAUAAAACCGUGGCCGGAUUUAUUCAUGUUGUUUCUAACAAGUUCAGCUGAGAUGGAACGCUUAACAAUCUUUGUCACCAUUUUCUGUGUUCUUUUUGUUUACUCUGAAGCGUCAUGCUGGUCUGAGAGGACAGGAAAUGGGUAUUAUUGUACAUUCGGGAACAUGAUACUAACCAAGGGCAGAACUUACUUCAGUGAAACGGCUCCAAACUGUUUCAAAUGCACGUGUUCUGAUGAUGCAUAUCAGUUAAAUUGUUGCGGCGUUGGCAAUACUAUUAAUAGGAUUCCAGACAACUGUCAGAUAAAACAGGUUGGAUGCAACCAGGUAGCUGUUAGCAAAGCCGACCCAAGCAAACCUUGUAUGGGACCAGUAGGUGGCGUCGUAUAAAAUUGUUUGCAAAAUAAACAAGUUUAUCACCUUUUU